CUUUAGUUGUGGCUGAUGGAUGACUCUUGAGUGCAGAGCUUUCUGAUCUGGGGUCAGACUUACCUGUACAGUAGAGGUGGUCUGCUAUUUGUCAUCCACAGUGUUUGUUUCAUUAGUUCUAUUUAAAGCAGUAAAUCACAGUUAUAAAUGAAUACCACACUCACUGAGGAAAUCACAGACAGGGAAGCGGAACGCAGUUGAGAGGAGAGCAUCAGUGGUGCUGAUGCGAGAGAAGGAAACAAUGUGUUGCCUACAUGAUAAAAACUGACAAGAACGUUGACCAAUCCUGCACAGAGGCGUUAAUCAUGUGAGCCAAUCAUCUCAAGCCUUCAGCAUCGCAUAGUCUCUCUGCCUAUAGUGUGCGAGAUAAGGAGACGGAGGAAACUAGUGGGAGGAGGGCAGCAGCGGAGCGGUUUAAGAGCCUGGGUGGGAGUAGUGGUGAACACACUGAGACACUGCAGCACUGAAUAAGCAGCUCUGCAGUCUGCUGCCAGUCCCCUCCAGGACCCAGUCUUUGCAGUCUUUCCGUCUGUGUCCUCGUCUGUUCGCUUGGCUGGUCCACAGCUACUGCGUAAACAUGCCUGAGUGCUGGGACGGGGAACAUGAUGUUGAGACCCCUUAUGGGAUGCUGCAUGUGGUGAUCCGUGGGGCACCCAAGGGGAACAAACCAGCGAUCCUCACCUACCACGAUGUGGGGCUGAACCACAAGCUGUGCUUCAACACGUUCUUCAGCAAUGAAGAUAUGCAGGAGAUCACCAAGCACUUUGUCGUGUGCCACGUCGAUGCCCCUGGACAGCAGACUGCAGCUGCAGCGCUGCCUCAGGGGUUCCAGUACCCCACCAUGGAUCAGCUGGCUGGAAUGCUGCCCACCGUGGUGCAGCACUUUGGAUUCAAGAGCAUCAUCGGGAUCGGCGUUGGCGCUGGAGCUUACAUUUUGGCCAAGUUUGCUCUCAUGUUCCCGGACCUAGUAGAGGGCUUGGUUCUGCUCAACAUAGACCCCAAUGGCAAAGGAUGGAUUGACUGGGCUGCCACCAAGCUGUCAGGUCUGACCAGCACUCUGCCAGAUACUGUGCUGCCACAUCUUUUCAGUCAGAUGGAGCUGAUGAACAACACAGAGCUGGUGCAGAGCUACCGGCAACAGAUCAACAACACCAUCAACCAGUUUAACCUGCAGCUCUUCUGGAACAUGUACAACAGUCGGCGGGAUCUGGAGAUGAACCGUGGUGGAUCUGUGCUCAACGCCAAGACCCUGAAGUGUCCUGUGAUGCUGGUGGUAGGAGACAACGCCCCUGCUGAGGAGGGAGUGGUUGACUGCAACUCCAAACUGGACCCCACCAACACCACCUUCCUAAAGAUGGCUGACUCUGGUGGACUCCCCCAGCUCACACAGCCUGGAAAGUUGACCGAAGCCUUCAAGUAUUUCCUGCAGGGAAUGGGCUACAUCGCUUAUGUGAAGGAUCGGAGGUUAAGUGGAGGGCCAGUGCCUUCCGCCAGCAUGACUCGACUGGCCCGCUCCAGGACGGCGUCCCUCACCAGCGCGGGCUCCGUGGAGGGGUCCCGCUCCCGGGCCUGCACGCACUCCGACAGCACCGAGGGCGUGGGCACCGUCACCCAGACUAUGGAGGUGUCUUGCUGAAGAGUCCCUGAAAGAGGGAGGAGGGGGUAGGGGGAAGAAGAGAGAGACAGGAAGGGGUGCCGGCAAAGAAACAAGGGGUAAUGAAGUGUGAGCAAGAAAAUGUGAUCCAAGAGUAGGAAGGAAGGUCUAUAAAUAAGGUGGAGACAGGUCUCUUCGUCCUAAACUAUCUCCCCGUAUCCCUGUGCUUGCCAUUCUCUCCCAUCUACUGUAAAUAUCACAUGCAUUACUACUUAAAAGCCCUAACCCUGUUUCAGCACCAUCUCCCUCCCUUUGCACUUAAAGAUGUAGGAAACAUUUUUGUUCUUGAUGUGUCUUGACGUGUGUCCCACCGUCCCCCAUCCACAGAGCAUUAAAGAGGUGUAAGCGUGAGCUGUGGAAAAGAAAAGAGAUCUGACGAGGGAGGCGCGUAAAAAACAAAGGCAUCUGUGUUUGUACGCAAUGCUUUGUGUGUGUGUGUGUGUGUGUGUGUGUGUGUGUGUGUGUGUGUGUUUGAAUGAAGUGGCAGUAACUCUCUCUGUGUUUGAACGUGAGUGGUUAGUCGCAGGUGGGAGUCAGACAACAAAACACAGCCUAGUAUAGUUUAUAUAUAUAUGUAUAUGUGUGUAACUAGUACUUAGAACUUCUCUACCACUAGGUAGUGGAUUCAUAUAAAAACAUAUUUCAUUGCAAUCAGGAGUAUGUUAGUCUAUUAUAGCUCACAGAAGCAUUGUCCAUUUUUAUUGCCUUGAUCAGGACAGCGUGUACAUGAUGUGGCCAAAGUUGAAAUAAUGUGGAUUUAUGUGUGAACUGAGCACGACUUCCAGGUAGCUUCAUCAGCCGGAGAACAGUAUGCUGGAGUGAGUAGAUGUUAAACUCUUCAACUUCAACAGGGGUCAGAGUUCUCUUUUCUCCCACUGAUGAAGCUGCUGGCUGGACAGUGACAUUUUUGGACUGAUGACCUAAUAUGAUUGAGAUCUGGGCGUUGAAGUUCACGUUUUUUCCCUUGUGCCACAUUAGUUCAGUUCAUCCUAAAUGUCUAAGACAAUUCAUUACAUGGACGUGUGUGUGCGUGUGAAUGGGAAUAACCGUGUCUGAGCAAUGUGUAGUUGUGGUUCACUGUGUUGUGUAACAUGACAAUCAAACUGACCCAAGCCAAACUGGACAGAGGCCGGACCAGGCUGCCUUCGAGGUCACAGUCACAGAACCCACAUGUGCAUGAAUAUGUCAGAGCUGUCUCCACAAGCCCUCAUGCGCCAUAAAAAUGAAAACACCUACAUUUACACUUACCUAGAUCCAUACCUUUAUAUCCAGUGUAGCCAUCAAUUCACCACCUGACUAGAAUGAGUUGUGUGGUGUUGUCUGUCAUUUUGCACCACCAGACAUUUUUUAAUGCCUUCAUAUACCGCUGUGUCCUGUCAAAUAGGGCAUUCCUUCCUACCACGGAGGUGUGCACCUCCCUGAGGCGGCCUGUGAGGGACGGGGCUUUUUUGGAGCCACCUGGGCUCCGAGCGCAGAAUGUAGGGCGACCCCCAGCCACCUUAGAACAAACCCCUCCUCCCUUUAAAAACACACACGGUGCCCCGGCCCUCACAGGCAGACCCAGGUGCACCCCAAAGGGCUAUCAGCUGAAGGCCAUUUGUGUCAGUUGUGUUUCUGGGCACUAGGAGGGUAACAGGUGACAGAAAUAUAGAGAAUAAACAUCUCUAUACAAAAAUACCCAAACACAGAGAGGGAUACUGACAUAAUAACAGCUGGAUGGAAGAAUGGUAAGUGUGUGUGUGUGUGUGUGUGUGUGUGUGUGUGUGUGUGUGUACUUGCUGAUGCUGAAGAUGUAGUGAAAUGGUUUAAAAUGUUGUUUUGAUGCUGAUGUAGAGAUUUGGAGAGAACGCUGACCAGUUUUUUCUCAGAGCAGCGUCCAGAAACGUUAUUCCACUGAAGUUUGCAUGUGGCCGAAUCUGUCUUUGACCAUAUGUCAGUGUUUGCUACUGUAGCUGUUUUUGGUUUCCUUCUACUCUACGUCUACCCAGAUUACCUGGGGGGUCCUGAAUGUAACGCAUCCCUUAUGAAGUGCUGUUCAGCCUCGUCCUCCCACAGGCCCACUUCUGUUCCAGGAUGAUAAAUUCUGAUUUAGUUUCCUGCUCCUCUACCAAGUCUAUCAGUAUUGAAGUUCAGUAUGUAUUUCUGAAAAUACACAACCCGUUAGCACUAGAUCUGUUUGUAUAGUCCUCGCUUCUUUUUCAGAGAGCAGGUUUCCCCGCCUCAAUGCUCCAACUCUAAUGUAUUGUGAAGAAAACGUUGAUGUGUUUUUCUUCCUCUUUGGUUGAAAUUUCUCUUUUUUAGGAAACAGACUAUAAUCCAUCUUGAUAUGACGAUGUUAGUUCAUGUACUACUGCUAUUCUUCUUCUACCAUUAUAAUUGAUUUGUACCGAGCAAUAAAUUCUUUUCUCUCUCGUCUAAAUAGAUUCAUAGUGGGAAUCUUCCCUUUGAGCUUGUUUCCGUUAAUGGUAGAAAGACUCACCUGCUCUGUUGUCAUUCAGAUGUGUCCUGUAAAGUUUACCUAUAUUAUAUAUAAAUACAUAAAUGAAUUACGCUGUUCCUGUCCGUGUACUGUUCAAGUAACAACAGAAAAAUAAAGACUUUGUCAGAAUGUGA